AUGGCCUUCAGUAUGAACGGCAUGUCCACGGCCUUCAGUUCUGGCGCCGCAACUUCUGCCAUUAAUGAACAAGAUGAAGUCCCAGAGAUACAGACACAACUGCUUGGUUUCAAGACUCUCAAUGGCGACAAGAAGGCUCGAGUCCUGAAACAACCUUGGCCGCAAGACGCUCUCCCUCCCCCUUACGCUUCGCUGUUAGGAAUAGCUUCCGCUAGUGGUUUGUACGCCGCUGCUGCUCCUGAUGCUCUCGUUAUUGGUAAGACCAGUGAUGCCCGAACCGCUAUAUAUGAUGCGGGGAAGGGCGAGGACAUCAGAGAUUGCGAAUCUAUUCAUACUAUACCGCACCAACGAUUGGCCCACGUCGUCUUUGCUUCCGAUGAAAGCUGUCUGGUUGUCGCCGAGCAGGAAUCGUCAGGAAUAAUAGUAUACAAGACAUCUGAUCUAGCUGGACGGAAAUCUAACGUAGCACUCAAACUGUCUACCACUGCCCCAGUGCGAGAAAUUGCCCCUAAUCCGGAUCCAGCUCAGGCACAAUUCUUUGCUCUCCUAACCACGCAUGGCCAGCUACACAUUGUAGACUUAGCUUCAGGCCAGAUCAGUUCAGCCUUGGCAGAGAACGUUGCAUGCAUAGUUUGGAGCACGAGGGGAAAGCAACUUAUGGCUGGUAAAGGUGAUGGUUCUGCUGUCCAGCUCAAACCAGACGGUUCGACCGUAGCAAGUGUAGGCAAGCCUUCUUCCGUCCCUGCAAACUGCCACCUGGCUCGAAUUGCAUGGAUUGAAACCGACGUCUUCUUUUUCAUAUACACUCCGUCUCAGGCUCCAGAAGAUAUCAGCUCUCUGGUGUCUGAAUACUACAUCGUCAAGACCGACAAAGGCAGGACGGCUUGGAACUUCCAUAAGAUUGCCGCCGACCCCUUCUUCCCCAUGGUCAACCGCACGCCUGUACAUUUUCACACAAAUCGACUGCGAAACUAUCAGCCACACCUCGACGAUCUUGUCAUCUUCACUGCCACCAUUAGCCCCGACAUCAAAAUGCUCACAAAAUCUUCUCAACCUUUGAGCGAUGAGGUUUCCGAGCAAGGAGCCUAUACCCUGGCAAUCCCUCAAGAUGACAAGAGAUGGGCUGCACUUCCAGUGGGCGACGACAUGAAUGACACAACCGCUAUUGGCAUGGCCAUAGACCUCUCUGACAAAGACCCUGUUGUUCUGCCUCUGCCGACAGAUCCAGAGUAUGACACCUCAGUCGUCCCACUGCCCGAGCUGAUCACUUUAAACAAUGAAGGUCUUUUCAGCAUCUGGGCUGUUGUGUACGAUGAUGGUGUGCGAACAAAGCAGCUGUAUCCUGGCUUUCAGGAUAUAGCUAAGUUACGAGAGGCGAAAGGAACCGUAGAUGUUGAUGACAUGGAAUCUAUAACUACACCUAUAGCUCCUGCUGAGCCUGCUGAGCCUGCUGAGCCCGCUAACGGAUCAAUUUUCACAAGCAACACCACCUCGCCGUUUGGAAGUGCUGCCAACAAUGCUCCAGCUCAACAGACCCCAGCUUUUGGUCAGACAUCUUUCGGGACUGGCAGUGCUUUUGGUAAACCAACUCCUAUUGGUGGAGAUAACAAACCCUCAUGGGCAAGCACGGGCUUUUCAGACAACUCCCAACAGCAAAGCAGUUCCUUCGGACAGGCGCCAAAAUUUGGAACAACUCCUGGCUUGGGAUCAGCAACCAAACCCUCUUUUGGACAGACUGGAGCUCUAGGUAGUACGCCUCAGCAGCCAGGUGCGACCCCAUCCUUCGGUCAAUCCGGCUUUGGUCAAAAGUCUGGUCCUGCAUUUGGCCAGACUGGAUUUGGUGCUCAAACCGCUCAAAGCAGUCCUUUUGCCUCAGCUGCAAAGCCUUCGACAUCUAAUCCUUUUACCGGUGCUGGCUCAAGCGGAUUCAGCUCGUUCGCCAAUCAGGGUGGUGGCUUCGGCACAGCAAACAAGGACAGUAAAGCAGAGAGUCCAUUCAGCAAGUUCGGUAGUGGUGGGGGCUUUGGUGAUGCUAAGCCGUCGGGAUCCUUCGCCACUGGUACCAAUACUCAAACUGCUUUCGGCCAAGCUACAGGGCCGUCCACCUUUAGCAAAUCAGGGCCUUUCACACAAGCUACGACAUCAACGUCGAGUCCAUUUACUCAACCUGCCAAGCCUUUCAAGCUGGAGUCGACCUUCCAAAGAGAUACGACCCCGGCCAGGGAGUCGGAUCAGAAGAAUAGCAGCGGAAGCCUUGAUAUGUCAGACUUUCUGGGCAAGGCACAGUCUACGACCGAACAGAGUCCUAGCAAAGAAGAAGAGAUGGAGGAUGACGAUGGUAGUCCAGCCGACAAUGGAAUUGCCAAGAAUUCCCAGAAGACACCACCCUCGACAAUUAACCAGCCAAAGACAACCACGACACCACAUGUGCAGUCAUUGUUUGGUCAGCAGACUAGCACGACACCUCAAGCGCAACCUCAAGACUCGUUAAGCACGGCCUGGAGCUUCGGCAACCUUCCGUCAACAACGCCGAAGGAUGCACCUCCACAGCAGAAUCCCAUCUUCGGCACGAAACCUGUCUCAGAAGAAACUCCUGCGGCGGUGCAAAAGAGUGAACCAAACAAGCCUUUCUCGUUCACUUCUACGUUACCAAAAGAUACACCAUCUAUCUUUGGUACGAAAUCAACCUCGAAAGAUACACCUGCUGUUGUACAGAAAAGCGAACCCAGCAACCCGUUCUCUUUUACGAGAGACCCUGGUCAACUUAGUGACUCAGAUAGAGUCAAGUCGCUCAGUGACGACGACGACGAGGAAGAUGAAGAUGAAGAAGGAGGAGAAGAAGAAUCUACGCCGGGAGAAGUGCCUGAUGCCCCCCUGCCACCUGAUUCAUUCAGUAAGCCUGGUUAUCAAGCCGGAGAAACUUCAGCGUCCUCACUCAAUUCAAAAGCAUCAAAAGAACCAGAAGAUGCCCCCUUGCCGCCAGACUUCUUCCCUGCCAACAAAAGUGCUUCGCAAAACCUGAAAAUACAACCUUCGGAUGUCCCGUCCUCAAUUCUGUCGUCCGAGUUCGACGAAGGCAGUGGAGAGGAUGUCACUGGAGAUGUCAGUCCUGUCGAGGACAAAGACGAGCAAGGCGACCAAACAGAACGUGUUGACACAUCGCCCGAAAGUUCGUUCGGUCGUGCCUCUGAGCAUAGCGCUGUUGAUUCUCCUACUGGUGGACCAUUCAUGAAAGUCACAAAACCUUCAGAGCAACCCAAACCAAUCAAGCCUUUAUUCGGAGAACUGGGAUCAACCGCGCCGUUAUUUGCGCCGCCAAAGCCGAAACCACAAGAAAGCCCUCGCUCUCCGAGUCCUCUACGGAAGCCUGCACGACAAGACUUGCUCUCACGAUCUCCGGAGCGCUCGUUUAGUGCGCCGGCGCAGCCACGAUCUAAUCUCAUACAGCAACGCAAGCAGGAAUAUGCACAAUCUGCAUUCGGAAUGCAAGCGGCCCAAGCUCGAGAUGAGAAAGUGGCGAAGGAUCGAGCACGAAGAGAAGCCUCUCGACGUGAGCAGGAGGCCGCUGAAGCUGCCGAGACACAGCCUUUGGAAGACGAUGAGGAUGCGAUUAUCCAAGAAGAGCUUGCCAAGCCGACACAACCCAGUGAGACUCUCGAUCCAUUUGUCACGAUCCAACCAGGUAGAGCCUUCCAGGAUCUUGGCACCACUUCUAAGACGGACAUUCCCUCACAAAUCGAGAAAUUGUACCAAGACAUCAACUCGAUGGUAAUCACUUUGGGUAUCAAUGCAAAGAGUUUGAGCUCAUAUAUGAUGUAUCAGUCCGGCCAGCAGCCCAAUGAGCAUUGGCCUGAGAUCCUUGAGAGCGACACCCCAAUGGAUGCGUUGAACGAUGAAUGGUUCUUGGGUGAUAUAGCAACGCUAUCGACUGGACCGCAGUUUCUUGACAAGAUCGUACAUGGCCUGGAAGUCAAAGACGUCAUGCACAAGUUAGAAGAAUGCCAGAACCUCCUCACGAAGGAGGUGACCGACCUCAGAAGUCGCAUUACAAUUCUUCGUCGCUCUACCGCCGCCAGAACGCAGGCUGAAGGAAAAGACAAUGCGCACGCACCACUCUCGGCAGAACAGCUCUCGAUCCAGUCUGAUCUGCGCAAGUCAUCUGCGAAUGUCCUUACCAAAUUGGGAGAAGUGGAGAACGGCGUUGCUGUUCUUCGAGCAAGACUUGCAGAUGUUGCACCUCGUCAGAGAGACGACAAGCAGCCAUUUGGCUUCGCAAGUCCAGCACAGAAGAAACCGAGCGUGGAAGCGGUAAUGAACACCGUAAGCAAGAUGACGAGUAUGGCGCAGAAGAGAAGUGCCGAUGUUGAUGUGCUUGAGGCACAGAUGAAGAAGCUCGGUCUCACAAGUACCACGGCAUUGGUACAGCGACCAUCCACACCAGAAAGACAAAUUACACGACGAUCACCUGUAACGCCGAAAAGUGGCGCGAGCUCUGUGUAUCAUACACCACACUCAAGUCGAACAGACAGAAGUAAUCGAAGCACACCUGUAAAAGAUUUGAUGCUUUCUGCGGAGGAUAGAGAGAGGCAAAUGGCGAAAUUAAGGAGGAAGAAGGCUGUAGCAAACACGUUGCGCGAGGUAUUGAAAGAGAAACAUGCACAAAAGGUCUAG